AUGCACAGGAAAGGCAUGAUAACUUCCAGCCGGCCCUUACGGGUCCUCACUGCCGUGGUGGCUUCCUUCUUUGUCUGUUGGUUCCUCUUUCAGUUGGUUGCCCUUCUAAGCACAGUCUGGCUGAAGGAGAUGCUGUUUCUUGGCAAGUACAAAAUCCUCGACGUCCUGGUGAACCCAACAAGCUCGCUGGCCUUCUUCAACAGCUGUCUCAACCCCGUGCUCUACGUCUUCGUGGGCCAGGACUUGCGGGAGAGACUCCUCCACUCCCUGCCUGCCAGUCUGGAGAGGGCCCUGAGUGAGGACACCACCCCAACCAGUGACACAGCUGCCAACGUGGCUUCCCCGCAUCCCGAGACUGAGUUACAGAGGAUGUGAGGAAGGGGCUCAGGGACACCUUGGAACUGUGCCUCAUUGGA